AUGUACGCGACGAAUUCCUCGGUCUGUCUUUCAGAUGCGUGUAUCAAGGCAUCGUCCACCUUAUACUCCAAUCUGAGCCCCAAUUUCCAGAAUAUCGACCCGUGUACUAAUUUCGAAGAACUGAUUUGCGGAGGUUUCAAGCAACGCUAUGCAUUAUCAGAAACGACAACUUCGGUCAACGAACAAACCUUGUUGACCGGUACGAAUUAUGUCUUCAUGAAGAAUAUCCUCGAGGCUCCGUACGAUACGUCUUUGGGUUCCAAUCCUUCGGUAGAUGAGAUGAACUUCGAGAAGUUAGUUAAGGGGUACAACACAUGCUUGAACGAAACUGCAAUUGCCGAGCUCGGCGUUCAGCCAUUGGUAAUAUUCCUUGAGAACGUUACCGAGACCUUCCCUGUCACAGCGGCAGAAUACAAAAGCAAUAAAGCUUUUGGACCAGGCGAUCAUAAGUCGUUCAGCGAGACUGUUGCCCAAUUCUUCCAAUAUGGAAUGACCCCCUUUUUUGAGAUGAGCUCUGUCCUCGAUGCGUUUUAUCCCGAUACUUAUAUCCCGGCUAUAGCGCCGUCAGGUCCCAUAAUUGGGCAAGCGGUCUUUGCGAAUAAUGAGUCGCUAACAGCGUACGAGAAAGUGGUCGCGGAAACAUUUGCCAAUAUUCUGCCAACCAAUGAGUCAAGGUCCGCUGCCAAAGAAUUGGCUCGUGGUUUAGUCGAGCUUGAAGCGAAGGUCGCCUCGGUAGCAGUGGGUACCGGUCUUAUAGAUCUGGUGAAUGUCAUGACCUUGGACAAUCUUACGCAGCUAGCCCCCGCGUUCGACUUUGCCUCAGUGGUCAGGACUAUCGUUCCAGCGCCAGUGAACCGAACGUCGUACCCUCAUCCAGAAUACUCUGCUUUGAUUUCACAAAUCUUGGCCAAUUCCACUAAGCCGGCGGUUCAAGCAUACUUCUUCUGGCAAGCGAUCGUAAGCUUCGAAGACUCACUCGGUGGGCCGGAGCUACAGCCUUUGAAGCAACUUAUAGACACCAUUCAGGGAAAUGACCCCAGUCACAGACCUGAACGAUGGCGUGUUUGCAUGGCUGACGUUGACAAAAAGAUGGCCUGGCUUCUCAGCAAGCCGUUCGUAGAAGUUAAGUAUACGGACGCUGUCGAAAAGACCCUCAGGGAGAUGACAACCAGAAUCCAGAACCGCCUCGCGAGAAAUAUCGAUCAAAUCGAAUGGAUGACGGACAAGGUAAAGGCGAUCGCAAAACACAAGGUCGAAGCCAUCACCCAAAAACUCGGGUAUCCGCAGGCAUUGCCCAACCUAGACGACGCCGUGUCUCUAAGGGACUACUACUCCGACCUCCAAGUCACAAACUCAUACUUCGCCAACGCCAUCUCAUACCAGAAAUGGUACACCCGAAAAACCGCCCUCCUAGUCGGCACCAAGCGCCAAGACAAAGCGUGGCCACAACCCGCGACCAGCUCCGCGCUAACGAUCAACGCCUUCUACCUCGCGCCCGAGAACUCCAUAACCAUCAUCGCCGGAACCCUUCAACAACUCCUCUUCGACCCUAGUCUACCCGCGUACAUGAAUUACGGGGCGCUGGGGACCGUGAUCGGCCACGAGUUCACGCACUCGCUGGACACCAACGGGCGGCUGUGGGACGACCGCGGCGCGUUCGCGGGCUGGUGGGACGCGGCGUCGGACGCCGGCUUCGCGAACGCGACGGCGUGUCUCGUGCGCCAGGUCGGCGCCGACACCGUGACGCUUACCAGCACGGGCGCAAGCUUGCCCGUCAACGGCACGCUGACGCUCGCCGAGAAUAUCGCGGAUACGGGCGGUAUCAACACGGCGUACGACGCGUGGCAGGAUAAGAGGCGCGAGGAUCCCGCGGCGGAUUUCGAUAUACCUGGAUUUGUGGGAAGGUUCACGCGUGAGCAGCUGUUUUAUGUGUCGGCGGGCCAGUUCUUCUGCGACCGGUCGACGGAUAAGGUUAGGGAGGCGUUGCUGGCGGCUGAUGUGCAUGCGCCGAAUCCGGUAAGGAUUAAGACUAUGAUGGAGAAUUCGCGCGGGUUUAGGGAGGCGUUUAAUUGCCCUGUUAAGGAGCCUACUUGCGUGAUCUAUUGA